AUCAGGUCAAAGGGUAAACUGCACAGGAGUUGAGGUGGCUGCCAUUGGAGGACAGUGAAGACAGUUGGAAACAGAUAAGGGAGCUUAAAGAAAGUUGUAGUAUUACAAACAGUAAAUAUUACACAAUGAAAAAAGCAGUGACCGCUGGCCAGAUUGCAGAUUGGUUCGCUAUCGGAACACAGUCUGCCAAACAAAAUGCUGAAAAGGAAAUGAGAGAAUCAGGCACAGAAGCUAAUGCUAGCCCUGGUGACCAUGAAGAGAGAAAUUAUUCGGAGUGCUUCGAUGGAGUGAGGAGACUAAGAUUUGACAGUUCAUCUGAGCCCCCGCCUGUCCUGACCAGCGUUGAGUAUCCUUCCCUACCAAUCACCAAGGACAGACAUGAGCUUGUGUCUCUAAUAGAGAAUAACUCAGUGGUGAUAAUCCGCGGGGCCACGGGUAGUGGGAAGACCACCCAGCUGCCUCAGUUUGUCCUGGACUACUACAAUGAGAGGCAUGUGCCCUGCAACCUGGUUGUCACUCAGCCCCGCAAGAUUGGCGCCUCCAGCAUUGCUCGCUGGGUUGCACGCCAGCGCAAGUGUGCUCUGGGUAGUCUGGUGGGCUAUCAGGUGGGCCUGGAGAAAAUGGCGUCAGAGCACACCAGGCUGAUUUACAUGACCACUGGAGUCCUCCUGCAGAAGCUGGUGGGGGCCAAGAGCCUGACGGAGUACUCCCAUAUUUUCAUAGAUGAGGUUCACGAACGAACAGAGGAAUUGGACUUCUUGCUGUUAGUCAUCAGGAAAUUGUUGUUCUCCAAUUCCCGCCAUGUGCGGGUUAUUCUGAUGUCUGCCACCAUUAACUGCAAGGAGUUUGCGGAGUAUUUUGGCACCCCCUUGCUCAGCCAGCUGAACCCCGCCUAUGUGUUUGAGGUGGAGGGGGCGCCCUACGCCAUUGAGCAAUUCUACCUGGACAACCUGCGCGGGCUCAUCCCCUUCUCGGCGGUGCCCAUGCACUGGGAUGAGCCCGGCAUUAGUGUGCAGAUGUACAGUGUAGCCAUCAGCCUGAUCGAGAGCUUCGACACCAUGGAGGAAAAGGACCAAAGUCGUAAAGAAGAGACAAAGGGGUUUGUGCAGCUGCCAGAGAGGGGCAGUGUUUUGGUUUUCCUGCCUGGCCUUGCUGAGAUCCAGUACAUGCAGGACGCUCUGUCCAAACUUGGACGCAAGAGGUUGCAGGUCUACCCACUCCACUCCACAGUGACUUUAGAAGAGCAGAAUGAGGUUUUCUUGGUUCCUGUGCCUGGAUACAGGAAGAUCAUCCUCUCCACUAACAUUGCUGAGAGCUCAGUCACUGUUCCAGAUGUGAAGUAUGUAAUUGAUUUCUGUCUGGCGCGGCACCUGGUUUGUGACAGAGACACAAAUUACCGCUCUCUCCGCCUCACCUGGUCCUCCAAGACAAACUGCAACCAGCGCAGAGGGCGAGCUGGACGUGUCUCCAAGGGUUACUGUUACCGUCUGGUCACUAAGGACUUCUGGGAAAGGGAGAUCCCAGACUUUGUGAUUCCCGAGAUGCAGCGUGCCCCUCUGGACAGCAUCUUGCUGAAAGUGAAGCUGCUGGACAUGGGUGACCCUCGGACUCUCCUCUCCACAGCUCUCUCCCCUCCCAACCUCAGCGACAUCGAGAGGACCGUGCUGAAGCUCAAAGCGAUGGGUGCCCUGUCCGUGAACAGUCCCAGUCAGAAGCGCUACGACGGGGACAUGACGUUUCUGGGGCGUGUUCUUGCACACUUACCUGUGAGCUUGCACCUGGGCAAGAUGAUCGUUUUGGGGCACGUGUUUGGCGUUCUGGACGACUGCCUGAUCAUUGCUGCUUGUGUUUCUAUAAAGAGCUUCUUUAAUGCACCUCAUCUACAGCCCCUGGCCGGGUACCGGAGCAAGCUAAUGUUUGCAAAUGCUGUUCCCAGUGACUAUAUUGCCUGCCUCAAUGCCUUCAAGACAUGGCAUUCUCUUAAAACAAAGGGCGAGUUCCGGCAUGCCAAGGAUGAGCUGGAUUGGGGGAAGGAGAACUGCAUUUCCAUCAAAAGAGUCAGAGAGGCUGCAGAGUUGUUUGAGGACUUGAGGAAGCGUGUGGCCCAGUUUAACAUGCACCCCAACUCCAGCCACUCCUCCCUGGACUACACCAACCUGCACAUGCAGAAGUUCAUCUUACAGGUGGUAAUUGCCGGAGCCUUCUACCCGGACUACUACCUGCAGGGUGAGAUCGAUGACGAGCUGGCUGCUAAGGAGCUGUCUGGCUAUGACCCCUCCACCACAGUAGUGAUUCGCAACAUGCCACCGUUUGCUUUUCUCUACUACAAACAAGUCCAGUCCCUGUUCCGUCAGUGUGGCCAGGUCAAGAGCAUAGCCUUCGACAGCACCAGAGCAUAUGUGGAGUUCUGCCGGUCGGCAGGAGCUGGUGUUCUCCAGGAGGUGUCUUUGGCCCUGCUGCUGGCUCAGAAGAAGCAGGAACUGAAGCUGACCGUCUUCUCCAGUGAGGAGGUGGAGACUCACGCCGGGGAGAUGGCCAUGAUCACACACCUGCGCAACGCACGAGUCAAUGUAGACUUACUGAACCACACUGUGUCACCUGUGGAUUUCUUGAGCAACAUUGAUCCAGAGAGGCUUCCCUCCAAUCGGGUCUUCAUCAUCAACAUCACUAAGGUGAUGGAGGUGGGGCACUUCUGGGGCUUCCAGGCGGGCGAGGCGAGCGUGAAAAAGCUGCGACAGCUGACGGCGGACAUCAACGCGUGUGAGCUCCAGCCACUCACCUCCUCACUCUACCCCAACCUGCUGUGCCUGGCCCCCUUCAGUGAGGACGGGGAGGUCGAUGCUUCGCCACGCUACUACAGGGCCAAGAUACUGCACGUCCCCAGCAGCUCUGCGGAAGUGGAGGUUUUCUUCCUGGACUUUGGGAACACUGCCCGAGUGUCCAUCAACAGUUUGAGGGAGAUGCCAUCAGAGCUUCAAACACUGCCCUUCCAGGCUCUGGAGUUUCGUUUGGCCUUCCUGGCCCCGUCAGCUCAGUCGAUGAUCUGCGGUGAGCAGUGGAGCCGGCGGGCGCGGAACCGCUUUGCCACGCUGGUGCACGGCCGUGCGCUGGCUGCCCUGCUCAACUCCGUGCUGCACGGUGUGGUGCGAGUGGACCUGCUGGUGCCCACCGAGAUCGCCGACAGCGUCAGCGUCACUGACAUCCUCGUGCAGGAGGGCCACGCCCGACGGGCCCCCGAGUGCUUCGAAUCAAAACAAAGUCAUGAGGCACUGAUGUCCAUGUAUGAGGACCUGGCCAACGGCACCUUCUUGCAGAACAGUGCCAGCCCGUCCUGGACUGAGCAGAAGCAGAGAGACAAGCUGCACAUCAACAAGCUGCUGGACCCCAAAACCAGCCCAGGCAACCCCAAGGGCAAGUGCCUGGUGCAUGGCCCUUACAGCCCCAAUAAAGUCAAGUUCUACAGUAUGAGCCAUACCUCACUCUUCAGGCCUGUUCUCCUGGAGAAGGACAGCAUUAAUCAGGUGGCAAUCAAUGAUAAUCCUCAGUACACCCACAACAGGAUGCUGGUGGCAGGAUCAGUGUCUGUCAGUGGCUCAGGCUCUGGGAUCCAACUGAGGGAGACCACUCUGAUGCCUCACAUCCUUGGUCUGCCUGCUCUCAUCACCAUCAUCUUCUGCCCUGUCAUGGAGCUACGAACUGAUGAGGAGCGCAAACACUUCACUGGUGCUCUCUGUGGACUUGGCCCCACCGUCCAGUCUCAGGACGGUCUGCUGCCAGACAACGACAUUGAGCUCACCUUUGACGUCAGGAUCGACACAGAUGAUAUUUCUGAGAUAAAUAACUUGCGUGCAGCGAUUAAUCGCUUGGUUUGUGAGGGCCCUAACGGUGUUCUGCACUUGAUACCAGAGAAGAUCAGCACAUUUCAGCAGGAUGCUAGAGACCGACUCAUAAGGCUCUUCACCAGGUCACCUCCUAGAGAAGACACGGAGCCCAUUUACCACCAGAAACCCAAGAAAUGGAAUCAGGUGGAAGCCUCUCACCUGAUGGACAUCUCAAAUGAAGGUGAAAAGAACAGUAAAGGCCACCUGUUCCAAAUGCACUCCAUUACAGUCCUUGGCAUGUGAGGGCGCUGAGACUCCCCGUGCCACCGCGGCAAUCCAAAGCCACUGGCACACCGUUGUUUGUGUGUUUAUGUGUGCGUAAGUGUUUUGUUCGUGACCUGUGUUUUCAAGUUUGAAAAAAAAAAAUGAAGGUCCCAACAAAGACAUUCAGAACACAAGACUUUUAAUUUAUGCUUUUAGGCAUGAGACAUGCCAUAGUUGAUGUGUGUUUACUUUGAGUUUACAGAUUUGGAGCAAUAAUGGGUCAUGGAGCACCAAAGAAGGUCAUGUUUUUUUUGCUGAUAGAAAUUGUCAUGUCAUUCUUACUUUUGUUUCAUUAGUAACUCAGGGGAAAAAAAGACAUUCUUUGUUUAAUAAUUUGACCAAUGUUUUGGUCAAGCAACCUUCAUUUGUGUGUGAUCAGCACUACCAAACAAAUUAUGGCAAGGGGGUUAUGUAUGAUAUGUACAGAAAUUCUACAUUACAAUUGAUGUUUGGAAACUCAA